AUGUCCAACAGCAGCUCCAGCACUGAGUUCUUCCUCCUGGCAUUCGCAGACACACGGGAGCUGCAGCUCUUGCACUUCUGGCUCUUCCUGGGCAUCUACCUGGCUGCCCUCCUGGGCAACGGCCUCAUCAUCACCACCAUAGCCUGCAACCACCACCUCCACACUCCCAUGUACUUCUUCCUCCUCAACCUCUCCAUCCUCGACCUUGGCUCCAUCUCCACCACUCUUCCCAAAUCAAUGGCCAACUCCCUCUGGGACACCAGGGCCAUCUCCUAUGCAGGAUGUGCUGCCGAGGUCUUUCUCUUUGCCUUCUUGGCUGGAGCAGAAUUUUCUCUUCUAACCAUCAUGGCCUAUGACCGCUAUGCUGCCAUCUGCAGACCCCUGCAUUAUGGGACCCUCCUGAGCUUAAAAGCUUGUUUCCACAUGGCAGGAGCUGCUUGGGGCAGUGGGAUCCUCAAUGCUACCCUGCAAACUGUCAGUACAUUUUCACUCCCACUCUGCCAGGGCAAUGCCAUAAAUCAGUUCUUCUGCGAAAUCCCCCAGAUUCUCAAGCUCUCCUGCUCACACUCCUACCUCAGGGAAUCUGGGAUCCUUUUGGUUAGUGUCAGUUUAGCUUUGGGAUGUUUUCUUUUCAUCAUGCUGUCCUAUGUGCAGAUCUUCAGGGCCGUGCUGAGGAUCCCUUCUGAGCAGGGACGGCACAAAGCCUUUUCCAUGUGCCUCCCUCACCUGGCCGUGGUGUCUCUGUUUAUCAGCACUGCAGUGUCUGCCUACCUGAAGCCCCCCUCCAUCUCUUCACCAUCCCUGGACUUGGUGGUGGCAGUUAUGUACUCAGCGGUGCCUCCAGCACUCAACCCCCUCAUCUAUGGCAUGAGGAAUCAGGAGCUUAAGGAUGCCCUAUGGAAAAUGGCCCAGCUGAUGCUGUUUCACCAACAAUAA